AUCCGCUUUGGCGUGGAUUAUUGUAAUCCGACAGAAGGACGACACAUCGGAUCAGGACGCGGCAGCCGAGCUCAUCGGUGCGGAAAAACGAACGCGACUAAAUGGAUCAGGGCGGGAAAGAAACUUGACUAAAUGGAUCAGAGCGGGAAAGCUGCUCAAGGCGCCCCGCUGAGCCAGCAGCACUACUUUGCCAGGAGAAAGUAAAAGACUACAUUUGGCCGUGCCCCCCUGUGCACCUGACCCCCCCUGUCACGCUCCAGUCCGCUCAGCUCGAUUCUCCAAGGGCUCCAACUAGUCCGAGGCGCGCGGACACACCGCUAGCUAGCUACAUAACUAGCUACAUAGCUAGCUAGGGCGGCUAGCUCGUCCAGGUCGCUACAUAGCUAGCUUGGCAUCGACUUGAUUGUUUUGGUGUACGAGUGGAGACGAGAUGUCCACUAAAGAGAAAGUCUCCACCACUGAACGGCCCAUCAAGGCCGUGCCCCACCCUCCCGGGGACCGUCUGACGGUAGCCGACUUGUACGUGGACGGCAGGCCGUGCGUGGAGGUUCUCAAGGCUCACCUGGUGAAGGAGGGGCGUUUGGCGGAAGAGGCGGCGUUACGCGUCAUUAACGACGGCGCCGCCAUCCUUCGCCAGGAGAAAUGCAUGCUGGAAGUGGAAGCACCUGUCACAGUGUGUGGCGACGUGCACGGCCAGUUCUUUGACCUGAUGAAGCUUUUCGAGGUGGGCGGAGCUCCCAGCAGCACCCGCUACCUGUUUCUGGGCGACUACGUGGACCGAGGCUACUUCAGCAUCGAGUGUGUCCUCUUCCUGUGGGCUCUGAAGAUCAACCACCCCGACACGCUCUUCCUGCUGCGAGGAAACCACGAGUGUCGCCACCUCACAGAGUACUUCACCUUCAAGCAGGAGUGUAAAAUCAAGUACUCCGAGGGUGUGUACGAUGCCUGCAUGGAGGCGUUUGACUGCCUCCCGCUGGCCGCACUCCUCAACCAUCAGUUCCUGUGCCUGCAUGGCGGCCUGAGUCCUGAGGUCACAUGUCUGGAUGACAUCCGCAAGUUGGAGCGCUUUAAGGAGCCACCAGCGUUCGGGCCCAUGUGUGACCUGCUUUGGUCAGACCCAGCCGAGGACUACGGCUCAGAGAAGAACCAGGACCAUUUCAGUCACAACACCGUCAGGGGAUGCUCCUACUUCUACAGCUACACGGCCGUCUGUGACUUCCUGAUGAACAACAACCUGCUGUCAAUCAUACGAGCGCACGAGGCCCAGGAUGCAGGGUAUCGCAUGUACAGGAAGAGUCAGACGACAGGUUUCCCAUCUCUCAUCACCAUCUUCUCUGCACCAAACUAUUUGGACGUGUACAACAACAAAGCGGCCGUGUUGAAGUACGAGAACAACGUGAUGAACAUUCGCCAGUUCAACUGCUCGCCGCAUCCUUAUUGGCUGCCCAACUUCAUGGACGUCUUCACGUGGUCGCUUCCCUUCGUGGGCGAGAAAGUGACGGAGAUGCUGGUCAAUGUGCUGAACAUCUGCUCUGAUGACGAGCUCAUGUCUGAGGGCGACGACACCUGCGAAGGUGGCGCGCCCGCCGUCAGAAAGGAAGUCAUCCGAAAUAAGAUCCGCGCCAUCGGGAAGAUGGCCAGAGUCUUCUCUGUGCUAAGGGAGGAGAACGAGAGCGUGCUGCAGCUGAAGGGGCUAACGCCCACCGGCACGUUGCCGCUAGGUGUGCUGUCAGGAGGACGGCGCACGCUGCAGAGCGCCACCGUGGAGGCAGAGGAAGCGCAAGCUGUGGAAGACUUCAAGCCGCCGCAUAGGAUCCAAAGCUUCGAGGAGGCCCGAGGACUGGACCGCAUCAACGAAAGGAUGCCGCCUCGUCGAGACGCCGUGCAGCAGCAGCAGCGGGCAUCGCCACCCCUCGAUGGUGACAUGAACGCCGCCGGCCGCGUCUAGGCCCACCCCCUACCCCUAUCGACCGAGCAGCCGGCCGGCCACUGAUCAGCAACAUGGACGCCUCUCCUCUCACACUUCCUUUUCUACCGCAGCUGAUGCUGGGGGCGGGGCUUACACGGCUUCAGCAAUAAAGACAACAAACCUCAA